CAAACCCGAGAAUGAGAAUUACCCUAACCUGUUUAACCUGAAUUAAACCUGACCUAUUGUUCACUCGACUCGAAUGUAACCAGGCCUGUUAUUAACCCGACCUAAACCUGACCCAAACCCGAUAAGAAGUAUGACCCAAUGUGACCCGACUCAAGCAUGAUCCAACCUAAACCCGACCCGCAUUGGUCAUGAAAUUAAUAUAAAGUAACCCGACCCGAGUUGACCCGACCCACUCUUACCCGACCCAAACCCGACCUGUUUACUCGAGUUGACAACUCUACCCUCAAUAGUAAAUUCAAGUACUCUCCUCUCAAAUUGCACCAAAAUUCAUUCCGACCUCCACUAGCCAAUUUCCCAACGAAAAAACCCCCCUCCAUUAGUGAAAUUCGCCCACCUUCAAGAACAACAACGUGCUGAUUCUUUAGAAUUGAUUGUAAAAUUUUAUCUGUCAUGUAGCAGAGGAAGUUUGUUUUGAGAUUGUCGAGAGGACGUUGCUGCCAUCAGUGGUGUUGGUGUUGGUAGCUAGUGCUGUUGGAGAUGGGGAAAACGAGGAGUACUUGAGUGUGAGAUUGCCAUAUUACCCCUCAGUGUUCCUUAGGAAAAAAAACAUACAUACUAACAACUCCAAAACAUACCGAACCAAUCCAAAAAAUGGAAGAAAAUCAAACAACACUAGUACGUUUUGGCAUAAUGGGAUGUGCAACGAUAGCUAGAAAAAUGAGUAGAGCCAUCAAGCUAGCCCCAAACUCCACCCCGCACGCCAUUGCUAGCCGUUCACUUGAAAAAGCCAAGGCAUUCGCAACACAAAACGAGUUAUUAGACGAGCAAGGGAAGUUGAUCAAGACAUAUGGAAGCUACGUUGAGUUACUAGAUGAUCAAGAAGUGGAUGCAAUUUACAUGCCUUUGCCCACAAGUUUGCACGUUGAAUGGGCAGUUUUGGCUGCUUCUAAGAAGAAGCAUUUGUUACUUGAAAAGCCUACUGCCUUGAACUUAGCUCAACUUGACCAAAUAUUAGAAGCUUGUCAAGUUCAUGGGGUGCAAUUUAUGGAUGCAACUAUGUGGUAUCAUCAUCCUAGGACAGCUAUGAUGAAGCAAGUUAUCUCUAAUUCGGCUAAUUUCGGACACAUUCAUAAGAUAACUUGUACAUCGUGUUACCCAGUUGGCUCAGAUUUUCUAGAGCGCGACAUAAGGGUAGAUCCAGAAUUUGAUGCACUUGGAGCACUUGGUGACUUAGGCUGGUAUAACAUUGGACAGAUCUUAUGGGCAGUUGAUUAUAAACUACCAACCUUCGUAACGGCUUUACCUGCAGCUACCCUUAAUUCAAAGGGCAUCAUUUUGGCUUGUACUGCCUCCUUUCAAUGGGAGGAAGAACCCAAGACAACUGCAACAUUCCAUUGCUCUUUUCUUUCUAGUGCGUCCAUGGACGUGACCGUGUGUGGCUCAAUAGAGUCUGUUCACGCGACUGAUCUAACGAUCCCUUGGCAAGAAAAAACAGCCUCUUUGUUUCUCACAUCCGGGGCAAAGUGUGUGAAUCUCCAGAGUGGAUCGAAUGUCGAAGCAGAGGAAGUCGUCGUGGAGACUCAGCUUCCCCAAGAAGCCCUCAUGGUACAAGAAUUUGCUCUCCUUGUGAAGGGAAUCAAGAGUUGUGAUAAAACGUGGGCCGAGAUAAGCAGAAAAACUCAGAUGGUUGUAGAUGCAGUUAGGAAUUCUAUUGAUCUUGGUUACAAACCUGUGUAUCUGUAGUUACAAAUGCACCAGCAAAAUGAUGAUUCCUAUUGAUAAAUUAUGAUUGUGCAGCAUAUUUUUGCUGCUGCUAAUUUUAUAAUUGUUGCUACUUGAUUCAUUUUAAAUUUUGCUUUCUGUCUUUUAUUAUGCUAACUACUUGUUUCUUUUGGGUCUGUAAUCUGUAUCACAAACUUCAGCCUUUUGAAGGAAGAUUUAUUCUCCUUAAUGUAAUACUUGUAUAUUGUUCCUUUCUGCGAAAAAAAUAAAGAUAAAAAUAAAAAAAUCCUUGAAAAAUCAGAGUAUUCUGUAAUCAAUCAUUAGAGUGUCAGAGUAUUCUGUAAGUACUUGAAA